UUUCUUUCCGUGCGAUUCUGCUUUUUUGAGUUUUUGUUGUUAUAGUUAUUAUUUGUUGAGUGUUUUUGUUGACUUUCUGUUAUAAUUUGUUACGGUUUUGUUGUUAUUGUGUUACAAUGAGUGACCAACCUGGACCAAGCUCGACGAAGCUUUUUUCAACGCCCAUGAAGAAGCGCCAAAAGAAAUCCGCUCUGAGGUCUUCCGAAAAGACUACUAUAAUCAACAUAUAUAAACUCGUUGAAGAUACUUGGCCAAAAGAUCAAUUCUGGUACAAAAAGGAUUUGGCUAAGAAAACCGCGGAGACCGCCGGCGUAAGCCUUGCUACAGUCUACAAGGUACUGAAACAGUACAGAAAUGAGCACCGUGUUAGCUCACCCGUUGCGCCUCCUCAAAGAGCAACGAUAAUUGACAAACUUUUAGAUUUCGAGUUGAGUGCUAUUAGGAGAAAAGUUCAUGAGUUCUUUUUUAGAAAUGAACUUCCCACUGUGGACAAUGUUCUUAUGUCAGUAAACGAAGAUGAUGAUUUACCAAAUUUCAAAAGAACAACUUUCCAAAAAUUACUUAAAAAACUACAAAUCAAAUAUUUAAAAAGAUCAAGAAAAAGUGCUCUAAUUGAGAAAAGAGAAAUCGUAAGAUGGAGGCGCAACUAUUUGCAAAAAAUUUCAAAAAUGAGAGAAGAUGGGCGGAAAAUUUAUUACACUGACGAAACAUGGAUUAAUGAAGGUCAUACAAAAACAAAGGUGUGGCAAGAUACUACAAUACAUUCAACCCGUCAAGCUCACCGAGAAGGAUUGUCUACAGGAUUGAAGGGGCCUUCUGGAAAAGGGAAGCGGUUGAUAAUAGUGCACAUUGGUAAGUUGUUAUAUUUUGAUGGCGUAUCGUCAAAAUAUUAAUUCUUACUUAUGUGAAAAUUAAUUAACAGAGUAGCCCAUUGUGUGAACCAAGCGUACAUAAUAAGACUUCCAAUAUCAACACUGGUUGAUAUAGACUUUUCAGCAUUCGCUGAACCUCCAUUCGGUGGUCAUCAAUAACCUUUCUUUUUUCUUUUAGGAAAUGAAGCUGGAUUUUUGGAAGGGGGUCAGCUAAUUUUCGAGAGUCAGAAAGGGGAAGG